UGUCAACCAAAUAGAUUAAUGUUUUCUCAAGGGUCUUCACGUAGAAAAGUUAGGGAAAACUUUAAAAUUACUGCAAAAUCCAGAUCGUAAAUAGGAUUUUAUUGUUGAUCAGGCAUAGUGAUAAACAACUACAAAAUGAGUGAUUUUCCAAUGCAAGACGAUCGAAGACUCUGGAUUGGGAAUCUCGACAGUCGCGUCACCGAGUAUCAACUAUUGAAAAUUGCGCAAAAAUGCGGCAAAAUUGAAAAGUUCGACAUGCUGUUCCAUCGCUCUGGUCCAAUGGCUGGAUACCCCCGGGGCUACGCAUUCGUGACCUACGAGAGGCAGCGGGAUUCCGAGAAGGCGCUGGAAUUCCUGAACGGUAAACUGGUCGGCGAUAAGCACAUGGUGGCACGGUGGGCAAAGAACGUUAAUCGGGACGAGAUGGAGAAAACUAAACCAAAGCUGCAGAUACCGGCACUCGCCGGGGGAUCCAAGGCCGGUUCCAGUGGGCCAAUGAGUCAACAGACUAAGAUUCAGGCGCUGGAAGCCAAACUUAAAAUGAUGGAAAGUAGAUCUGACGAUUUGAUUAUUAACAAAAAUAAUCAGUGCGAGCGGCCAAUUAUAGAGCGAUAUCAGUACAACAAGAAUCAGGCGAAUCAAAAGACAGAUUCGUUCAAAUCGAAGAGAGGAAUGAGUCGUGGUGGGAGAAGUGGCCCUUACCGAAAUAGUAGGUUCAAAUGAGAAUCGGACAUCUUGUAGAUAGCUCGCCGAGAUUAUUAUUCUAGUUUAAUUUAUUUGCUGUAAACUAUGUCUACCUAAUUUAUUUUUGGACAAAAAUGUAAGCAAUAAUGUAUGUCCGUAAUAAAGGUAAUCAAUUGACGAAAAA